CAUUCAAAGUUCGGGGAACACAAACGUUGAACGUGUGUUCUGUGCUUUUUAUAGCUCAGUAUUAAAUAAGUAUUGUAAUUAUUCGUUUACGAACACUGUAAACAAGUUUAGUAAUGGAACUGGAACCACUGAAGUGUGAAAAAUUGCCAGAGAAGGACAGGGAACGAGUGCGAAAUCUGUAUUGCCGACAAAGUAUGCCGAGUGACCUGAUGCUGGUGGGAGACGGGCGCUACUGCAUGAUCGAGCACUCUUACAAGGAGCUGGAGCGCCGCAGUCUGCGCCUCCGCCCUGACGACGUGUGGAUCGGGGGGUUCGCCAGAUCAGGCACCCACUGGCUGGCGGAGCUGACCUGGCUGGUCACCAACAAUCUGGAUGUAGAUGCAGCUCUGAAUGAGCCUUUCGUCAAUAGAGUACAUUACUACGACUACGGCCGCCCGCGCUCGUACUUCGAAGGCCUGUGCUCCCCCCGCUACCUGCAGACCCACCUGGCCCCCUCCCUCCUCCCCCCGCGCCUGCUGGACUCCUGCCGUGUGGUGUACGUCAUCAGGGACCCCCGCGACGUGCUGGUCUCCUGCUACCACUUCUUCAGCAGUCACACGGAUGUCGGCUUCUUGGGGGACUUGAAGCAGUUUUAUGAGCUGUUCAAGGAGGGUUAUGUGGUUUACACUCCAUACUUCACAUACUUGAAGGAGUUCCUGGCCCAAAAGCACCAUCAGAAUCUCUUAAUCUUGUUUUAUGAAGACAUGAAAAAGGAUAUAAAGACGGCAGCUAAGCAAGUGGCAGAGUUCUUCCACCGAGACUACACAGACGAGCAGCUGGACCGGAUCUGCGAACACCUGGACAUCUCCACCAUGAAGCAGAACAAGGCUAUCAACAGCUCCGACGUGUUGGGGGAUAAGGGAGAUGAGAUGGUUAGGAAAGGUGAAGCCGGUGCCUGGCGGGAAGAAUUCGACGAGUUCAUGAUAAAAGAUGCGGAAAAAUGGCUAGCCGAGAACUUUCAAGAUACAGAUUGUAAACAAAGAUAUGUGAAUCAAUAAACAUUCUUUUGUUUA